UACGUACUUUCGCGCGGUUUCUUCCCAUGUGUGAAAUCUUGUAAUUAAAAGUUUUAAACUUAAAGAUUUUAAAGAAAGAAUUAUAUAUUUUUAGUAAGAGUCAAUGAGUUUCAUUGUUUGUAAAUGAUACAAAUUUAAGUCGAAGGAGUUUGACGGAAACAAUACGUGCUGAACGGGUCUAGAGAUGACGGAAUACAUCAAUGCAGAGCUCGCCGCUACUUGUGCAGCACUUGGCUGUUAUAAUGGACAUACAUAUCGCCUGGAUACACACUGCAUCGACGUUAUAAAAGAUCUUAUAAAAUAUCUUAAAAGAGAUAGCGAGUAUCAUGUUGUACGACAUUAUCUUGGUCGUAACAAACUUCUUCAGACAGAUUUGAUAAAAAUUCUGAUCGAAUAUCCAGACAAAGUCGAUCUGUGGGAUGUUUUGCUGCGGUUACUGAUAAAUCUAACUAGUCCACUGUCUUUGAUGUAUAAUAAUGAAGUACCGACUGAGAAGAACGUCCGUAAUUUGUAUGAACAAUUAAAUAGUUUUUUAUAUGAGUAUAAAGUAGCAUUAACUGAUGAUCGGAUAUGGAGUGUGGUUGGCUAUCGUCUCGAAGUAAUUUUCAAAAAGGAACAAUUAGAUCGAACAGAGGAUGAAGAACUGACUGUUGAAAGAAUUCUAGUAUUCAUCAGAAAUGUCCUGCAAAUUCCUGAUGACAAUUUGAGAAAGACCGACGAUGAUGCCACGAUACACGAUGAGCUUUUAUUUGCCUUGCACUCGUCAGGGUGUGUUACUCUCCUUUUAUUCAUCAUCAGUAAUGCCAAUGAGCAACAAUACCAUAUGCAAAUUCUGGAGAUAAUAACUCUGAUGUUACGUGAACAGAAUGCCGGUGAUCUUGGAGCAUUGCAACGAAAGCGCAGCACGGCAGAAAAAGAGAAGGACGAAGCAAAACUUGUGGCUCUUAGACAAAAGGAAGUCCAGGAAAAAAUGGAUAAAAUGAGGAAAUAUGUUGGUUCAAGACAUUCGCGUUUCGCUGGAAGUUAUGUAGUGAAAAAUAUGAAAGCUAUCGGGGAGAAUCAAUUAAUAUGUCACAGACCAUUUUCCACGACGGAAGCUUUGGAGUUCGACCGUCAGAAAUCCAAUAUCAAACGUUCCAAACAGAAAUUAAUAAUGCCUGAUGCGAUCACCGAACGCACUUCGUCAUUCAGUGUGAAAUUAUUCUUGAAAGAAUUUUGUGUGGAAUUCCUUGUUGGAGCAUAUAAUCCAGUAAUGAGAUAUGCAAGAUCCUGCAUUUCCAGUGCAUCUCACGAUGAGGCCUCCGAUGCCAGUCAUUAUCUCUGGGCUGUACGUUUUUUCAUGGAAUUUAAUCGAUACUACAAAUUCGAAAUAAGGUAUGUCAGUGAAACCAUAUCAACGGAAAUGUUCUACCUCGUGCAGAAACACAUGGAUCAAUACUAUGAAAUGAUGAAUGUCGACAAAAAAAGAACGUAUCUUUGGUCGCAAAGACUUCACAUUGCCUUGAAAACUUACUUGGAGCUUCUAAAUACCCUGCUAGCCAUGGAUAAAAGUUCUGACGAAGGGGUACGUGAAUCCAGUAAAAUCAUAAAAAAUAACAUAUUCUACGUUCCAGAGUAUCGAGAAACAGUGGUGUCCCAGCUUCUCUGUUACAACGAACAGAAAAUGUCUCGAGCAUAUUUAACCGACUUGAUUAAGACCGUGCAUGUGUUUUUAAAAAUGCUAGAGCAAUUUUGCAACCAGAAACGUGUUGUGGUGCAGAAAGUAAAAAGUGGUCGUCGUAGACAGAAAAAAAAGGGAUCAGCAAAGGAACCGGUGUCGUUGCCUAGUUUGGAAGAACAAUGGGACUUCACUGGACCCGAGUUGUCCGUAGCUAUACAGCAAGGUGUAAUUCCAGAGGUCAUACCUUUUGAUGCUACUUUAGACGUGCCCAUCGAUGAGCAAACCAGUGAUGCUAUGAAGAAAAUUCAGAAGCUCCUUCGAUCGAGGAAGCUCGAAGAAGCGGUGGGGCUUCUACGCUCUGCAAGGGAUGUCUGGCCAGAAAAUGAGUGCUUUGGAAGGAGAGACAUACCUCCUGAAGAGGAAUUCUUGGCCCUCCGCGAAAUUUUCUUUGCAGAUCUCGGCCUUCAAGAAGACUUUAACACGAUCGGGCAAUCAGAACGGAAUGCAGACGAUCCCUUCAGCGAAGAUGACGAGUUAAUCCAAGAUGAUAACGUCGAAGAAGAGGAAGGGGUGAGAGAGCCUACGGUCGUGGAAACAGAUUUUAAAUUUAAAGAAUUCGUUCAAAGGUUUGCUAAUAUGAGAGCAGUGCGAGCUGUGACCUUUCUCCUCCAACAAUUUGACUCGAAUACUCCUGAAACAAAUCAUUUCAUAGUAAAGCUCCUGCAUCGCAUCGCUUGGGACUGCAAAAUGCCAGGUAUGAUAUGUCAGGCAUCGAUUUUUCGUGCUUUUCAGAAAAUCUUGAAAUCUACGAAUGCAGAGCACAAAGAGCUCCAAAAAUUUGCGGUAUUCAUCAUUAGACGUUUUAUCGAAGUGGCGCAGAAAAAUCCAAAAGCAUAUAUGGAGCUCUUCUUCUGGAAGAGCACCAAAGAUGCUACCGAAAUGGUUGACGGCUAUCAAGAACAAGGUCAAUCCGAAAAAGUAUCCCGUGCUCUGUGGUCGGAGGUCGAAGAGGACGAAUUGCGCACUCUUUUCAUGGAACAUCAGACCAAUAAAUACCCUCGUGAUCUCAUCGACUGGUUAUUGGAAAAUUUAAAUAAUAAGGAUCGCACUAGGCGGGGAGUUAUUAAAAAAUUGAAGGAAUUAUGCCUCAUCGUCAAUUCCAAGGCAGUGAGAAAAGAAGUGCAAAAGAGACUCCCUGCAGAGUGGUCUACGGAUGAGAUAGCGGAACUAUCGGAGCUUUGGGAACAAGCGAAAGAAGAAAUCGAUCCCAUUGAAUCGAUUCAUGAUGGUCUGACCAUCAAGCGACCCAAGGUAAAGAUCAAGGACAAGCUCUUGGAGUUAGGCUUUGCCCAGGACCGCAAGGAACUAAGGAAGAAGAGGGUGAAGAAAAGUAGCACGAAGGCGUCGUGGGAGACAAAGUCUGCCAGCGAGUCUGAGGAAGAUGACAAUUCCAACGAAAGUGAUACAAGUUCUGGACACCGUGCCAGUGGUAGUUCUCAAAGAGAACCAUCGCAGCAAGGUGCAAAACGUAGAUCUAAAAAACCUAUGGUUACUUCGUCCACCAAAGUCAAACCUAAAUACACGAUCAUGUAUACGGAUGCACAGCUGUCGGGUUUAUUAACAGAAGUCAUCGACGGCAGUAUGCAAUCUGCUCUCAAUUGGCUCAAAGACUCCCUGGAAGAUGCUUUAGAAGAUCGGGACGAGGAGAGCAUCGAAGGAAUUCCUCUGGUACCAAUAACAGACGAAGAGUCAACGGCAAUAGACUCUCCAAUUUUUCAACGACUCCUGCGUGCACUUGGAAUGAAUGCUCCCAAUUUUCAAGAAGAAAUGUACUGGAGAAUACCAGCCGAAAUGCUCACGUCUACUAUUCGCAAACACUGUGAUCUCAUUGCCAAUGCCCUCGAUGGGAAAUUUGUCACCGAAGAGACCCCAUCGACUCCCUAUGAUCAAAACUCCACUGGCAAUGUCAGCGACGGUGGCAACGAUCUUGAAAACGUGAAAGCGUUAUUUAGCUCGGAACUGCAGGAGAUAAAUGACGAAUCUAAAAGGAGUAGGUCGGGCGACUCCGAUACAGAGUUGCCUGCUACAAAGAAAAGUCGGUUUAUUGACAGCGACGAGGAAAAUAGCAAAGACAUGUCCAAUACCUCUACGGUGAAGAACAGAAGGAUUGUCAUCAGUGAUGACGAAGAUUGGCCGCGGAACCAGACGAAGAAGUUGUCAUGGAUAUAUCGACAGAAAAAGAAAGCAGGAAAAAUUGUUAAAAACGAUACCAACGAGGAUAACAAUGUACAGAUACAGAAUAAAAAGGCGCGAAUUAUUGUUCGCAACAUUCCCUUCACUGCCACGGAAGAAGAUGUCAAAAAAUUAUAUAAAGAGUAUGGCGAACUAGAAGAAGUAAAUUUGUUGAGGCAUCCCAAUGGAAGGCUAGUUGGUUGUGGCUUUGUACAAUUUAAACGCGUAGAAGAGGCAUCAAGAGCCAUAUAUAAUACAAAUAAAAAGAAUUUCCUUGGUAGACCAAUUAGUGUUGACUGGUCCAUUCCAAAAGAUAAAUUUCUUCAGAAAAACGAAAUAAAAGAUGAAGAGAAUUUCGCUGUUACAGAAGACGUCGAAGAGACGGCAAAUGAUGCUUCAACGGUAAAAACCACAGACAUUCAGAAAGAAGAGUCUGUUAAAGAAGACUUGCAAAUAGUGAAAAAGAAAGAUAGAGGGACAAGAGAUCGCAAGAAGAGUAAAAGACGUGCAAGACUUAUAAUAAGAAAUUUAUCGUUUGAGAUGACUGAAGAUAUUUUGAAACUACAAUUUGCAAAGUAUGGUAAUAUCAAAGAUGUUAAAAUUUUAACAAGGCCUGAUGGAAAACAUAUUGGUUGUGGAUUUGUUGAGUUUGAGCGAGUUCAAAGUGCUGCACAGGCACUUCAUUAUGAAAAUUUACAGCCUUUGUUUGGAAGGCCGAUCGUGGUUGAUUGGGCUGUAUCAAAAACUAAAUAUAGUGCAGAUGUUAAACAAGAACCUACCGAGAAUGACGUUAAAACAGAAAUAAAAGAGGAAGAAGAGACUCAGGAUCUCUCCAAAGAAUGGAAUGAUAACGAGGAAAAUGAAGAAUUGAAUAAAUCAUGCGGAGAGAACUUAAGUUCUUCAGGUGAGGAAGAAAAUGACAUCGAUGACUGCAUGUCAAAAACUGAAAUGGUAGACCAAGAUGAGAGUGACGAAUCUAUGAAAAAUGAAAAUAUUUCUGAUGCUAGUGAAGAUAACAUUGAAGAAAAGAAAGAAGAAGAAGAAGAAGUAGGAGUAGAAGAAGAAGAGGAAAUAACGGAAGCACCUCGAAAAAAAUCUAACGACGUUAUAGAAGGACGGACAGUAUUCAUAAAAAAUGUCCCUUUCUCAGCAAAAGACGAUGAUCUUCGACGAUGCAUGGAACAAUUUGGUCCUGUAAAUUAUGCUUUGAUAUGUAUGGAUCCUUUAACGGAACACUCCAAAGGGACAGCUUUUGUUAAAUUUCAGAAUGUUGAGGAUGCUGAGAAAUGUUUAUUAGCGGGAACGGAGCUGCGAUUGCACGAUCAAAUUCUCGAUCCUUACAGAGCACUGCCAAGGAACGAAAUUCAAGAAAAAAAAAGUUUAAAGGAGCGGAGAAUAAAAGAUACGCGAAAUUUAUAUCUCGUCAAGGAAGGAGUUAUACUCGCUGGCAGUCCAGCUGCCGAAGGAGUUUCUGCAACCGACAUGGCUCGAAGACUUCAAAUGGAGCAGUGGAAAUCUCAGAUGUUGCGAAAUCUAAAUAUGUUCGUUUCCAGAAUCAGACUGGUCAUACAUAAUUUACCUCCUACUCUUGACGAUGCAAAACUAAGGCAGUUGUUAAAAAAUCAUAGCAGUCCCAAAGCUGUGAUCACAGAGGCGAGGGUUAUGAGAGAUAUGAAAAAUGUGGACGAAAACGGAGUAGGAAAAUCGAAAGAGUACGGAUUUGUAACGUUCACUAGCCACGAGGACGCACUGAAAGCUUUAAGGAGCAUCAAUAAUAAUCCAAAUGUAUUUGGUAAACAUAAGAGACCCAUAGUUGCUUUCUCGAUAGAGAAUCGAGUAAUGGUAAACGCCAAGCAGAAAAGAGUCGAAAAAAGUCGCGAGCGAAAUCCAAACUGGCCAGGCAAUGUCUCUAAGAAGGCAAAGAUUGAAAGUAAAAAAAGAAGUGACGGAAAAUCGUACGUAGGCCUAACGAGUAAACCCGGUGAAAUUAAAAUGCGAUCUAAAUUUCGCCGAAAGGAACAGGCACUCCUGCAUAAGGAGACUCUCAAGAAGGAGAGAAAGAAGACGAAAGUCGUCAAGAGGAUGCAGGAGCGGAGGAAAGAAGAGCGCGAAGCAAGAAGAACCGUCAAGCCGAAACGCGGUUUCAAGAAGGCAGACCCGAACGAGGUCAAUUUCACCAAGCUCGUGAGCAAGUAUAAGUCACAGUUAAAUGCUGUUCCGCAAACAAAAUCCAAGUGGCAUGUCGCUCCUCGGGAUCAUCCCCGGUUAUUUGGCGAAGACAAACAUCCGCCGGAUGCUGAGGACCUUGGAGACCCUCGCCAGGGAAAUCGAACCCGUGGAGACGUCCCGAAUUCGUCCCUACGCCGAGAUUCCAGGACCGAGGCCGAUCCCGCUCUUGGGAAACACCUGGAGAUUCAUCCCAUACAUAGGGGACUUCAAAAUCGAGGAGGUGGACAAGGUGUCGAAACGUCUGUACGCUCUGUACGGGGACGUCGUAAAAAUCGAAGGUCUCCUGGGAAGACCGGACAUGGUCUUCGUUUAUGACGCAGAUGAGAUCGAGAGGAUCAUCCGGAGAGAGGACAGGAUGCCUC